GGCGGGACUCCGGGGCCCCCAGUGCGGAUGGGCCCGGCGCCGGGUCAAGGGCUGUACCGCUCUCCGAUGCCCGGCGCGGCCUAUCCGAGACCAGGUAUGCUGCCAGGCAGUCGAAUGACACCUCAGGGACCUUCCAUGGGCCCCCCAGGCUAUGGGGGGAACCCUUCCGUCCGACCUGGCCUGGCCCAGUCAGGGCUGGACCAAUCCCGCAAGAGACCUGCACCUCAGCAGAUCCAGCAGGUCCAGCAGCAGGCAGUCCAGAAUCGAAACCACAAUGCAAAGAAAAAGAAGAUGGCUGACAAAAUUCUACCUCAAAGGAUUCGGGAACUGGUACCAGAGUCUCAGGCCUAUAUGGAUCUCCUGGCUUUUGAAAGGAAGCUGGACCAGACUAUCAUGAGGAAACGGCUGGAUAUCCAGGAGGCCUUGAAACGGCCCAUCAAGCAAAAGCGGAAGCUGCGAAUUUUCAUUUCUAACACUUUCAAUCCGGCUAAGUCAGAUGCCGAGGAUGGGGAAGGGACGGUGGCUUCCUGGGAGCUUCGGGUAGAAGGACGGCUCCUGGAGGAUUCCGCCUUGUCCAAAUAUGAUGCUACCAAACAAAAAAGGAAGUUCUCGUCCUUUUUUAAGUCCUUGGUGAUUGAGCUGGACAAAGACCUGUAUGGGCCAGACAACCAUCUGGUAGAAUGGCACAGGACCGCCACCACCCAGGAGACUGACGGCUUCCAGGUGAAGCGGCCGGGAGACGUGAAUGUGCGCUGUACUGUCCUGCUGAUGCUGGAUUACCAGCCUCCCCAGUUUAAAUUAGAUCCUCGCCUGGCUCGGCUCUUGGGCAUCCACACGCAGACUCGCCCGGUGAUUAUCCAGGCCCUGUGGCAGUAUAUUAAGACACACAAGCUCCAGGACCCUCACGAGCGGGAGUUUGUCAUCUGUGACAAGUACCUCCAGCAGAUCUUCGAGUCUCAGCGUAUGAAGUUCUCAGAGAUCCCCCAGCGGCUCCAUGCUUUGCUGAUGCCCCCAGAACCCAUCAUCAUUAAUCACGUCAUCAGUGUUGACCCUAAUGAUCAGAAAAAGACAGCUUGUUACGACAUUGAUGUGGAAGUGGAUGAUACAUUGAAAACGCAAAUGAAUUCCUUCCUGCUGUCCACUGCCAGCCAGCAAGAGAUCGCCACUCUAGACAACAAGAUCCACGAGACCAUAGAAACCAUCAAUCAGCUGAAGACACAGCGGGAGUUCAUGCUAAGCUUUGCCCGAGACCCUCAGGGCUUCAUUAACGACUGGCUCCAGUCCCAGUGCCGGGACCUCAAGACCAUGACUGACGUGGUGGGUAAUCCAGAGGAGGAGCGCCGAGCUGAGUUCUACUUCCAGCCUUGGGCUCAGGAGGCCGUGUGCCGCUACUUCUACUCCAAGGUGCAACAGAGACGACAGGAACUAGAGCAAGCCCUGGGGAUCCGAAACACCUAGGAACCCCCAGUCCGGAUUUGGCUGCACCGAUUCUGAAACCGGGCCUUGUGCUGCCUGCCUCAUUGCACCCGCCUUGGCCUUGGCUGGGGCCUUCCAAGGGAUGCUGUUGGUUCAAGGACACCACCAGAACGAAGAGGGUCUCACAUAUGUGUCUUACUAGACACCUGUUGACCUCUUCCUCCACCCUAGCCUUUCCUACUCCCCAGUUUCCCUUUGCCCUCCCAGUUCCCAUGUGCCUCUGCUCGCCCUCUAAGUAGCGUUAGAGAGAACCUGUAGUGGUACUCAGGGCUCUGAGUGGAUGGGCCCCAGGCCAAGUGGUCUUCAAGGGGACCAGCUACACUGCCCUGCCCUCAGAGACCUGGGUCCUUUUUCCCGGCUCUAGCCUGAGGGCACUCCGUAAACUCCUGGUAACUGAACCCAGUGUCCUUCCGCCCUGAGCAGACUGCGCUGCACCUGCGCCGCCCUGUAGCACUAAAGGAAGCCGGGCCCUGGGCUGAGCUGAGCCCGGUCUGUCCCUGCCUGGGAGGGCUGCCACCUUAGUGCCCCUCUCUCUCCCUCAGAGGGGUCCACAGCAGUAUUGGAGUUGACCCGCCCCCUAGCACAUUCCUUGUAGCAGCCUGUAUUAGGAACCCCUCCUGUCUGCCCUGACCUGGCUGGGGAGAUUUACCUUUCCCGGGCAGAGCUCGACACCUGGAGGACUGCUGGUGCCAGAAGAGGCUGUUCUACUGUUUGCUUGGACUGACUCCUUCACUCCAUCCUGCUUCCCCUCCUCCCCCAGCCCCUUCCCUUAAAGGAGAAACAGGCCUAAAAUCAAACGGGUACAAGCCCUGGGCCACCCGUCUUCCUGUCCUUUUUCUGCUCAGUUGACGCCCCAGGUAGCUUCUAGGGCACCGAGGAGUACAGGCACCCAGAGCUGGACAACAGCUGAGUUGGGUUUGACUCCCCGCCCCUCCCCUGCCCUCCAGGCUCGGGAUGCCCCCGCCCUCGAAGCUUCAACCCCCUCAGGUAGCAGCAGGACCUUGCCGUCUUGGCCUCUUGGAGCUGAGAUGGGUUUGCAUCUUUGCAGGAGAGCCUCGGAUUCUUCCAGGUUGUAUCGCCCCAAGUUAGCAUAACCCCCAGGCUCGCAGACUCAACACAGCAGGUGGGAGACAGCUGUCCCACUUGGGCUCUCACCCCACAGAACUGACAGCCCUGCUUCCCACCCCCUCCUCAGGCUCCUGCGAGCACAUCCUCAUGCCCCUUAGCCCUGUCUGCUCCCCACCAGGGACAGGACUUUUCCCCAGUCGCCCCGUCAGAGGCUCUCCCCAGUGGCACUGGACAACUAUCGUCGGGCAGCUGAGCCCUGGCCCGGCUCCUGGCGAGAACCACUAGAAGGAAGCUCAGAUCCCCUAUGGUGUCCUGUUGAAGAUCAUUGUUUUUAUUAACUGAAUGAUUAUGUGUUUUUUUUUCAUGGACCAAAAUUUUUUUUGUACUGUCCCCUUAUUGAUGUCACCCAGUUUUAAUAAAAGGAUCUUCUGAAGGAUGGGAUGCCCCUAGCUAUGGGGGGAGAGCCCAGCCUCAAGCUCAUUCUCCCAGCA